AUGGAAUUUACAGAAAGUAAACGAAAGGAUCGAGCUCGAUGUCAACAUUAUUGUUUGUCUAUGAAUUUAGUCUCGGUUUAUUUCUUAAUGUCAGCUGUUUUGCGUAACGUUAGUUGUUCUGAAGUGACAUCUAUUUCUAAACAAACCAACAAAAACGAUGUGGUAAGUUGCUCGCCAAACCCUUGCGAAAACGGGGGUUCGUGUGUUCAAGACGUCAAUAAGGUCAUGUGUAACUGCGGAGAGGGUUUUACCGGGUAUUUGUGUGAAAUAGAUAUUGACGAGUGCAAGUCGAACCAAUGUCCUAAGAAAGCAAGAUGUGUGGACGGAAGCAACUAUUACGCGUGCGUCUGUAAAAAGGGAUACAAUGGUGAAAAUUGUGAAAACGAAAUUGACGAAUGUGCCUCAAACCCGUGUGAGAAUCAGGGGAAAUGUGUGGACGGUAUCAAUACGUACUGGUGUACAUGUAAAGAAGGGUUUAUUGGAGAGAGAUGUGAAGAAAUAGACGAGUGUGCAUCUGAACCAUGUAAAAAUGGCGGCAUUUGUUUUGAUGGUAAAAAUACGUAUAGAUGUGAGUGUCCAAAAGGUUUUACUGGAAAGCAAUGUGAAAAAGAUAUAGAUGAAUGUGCUUCAAACCCCUGUCAGAAUGCAGGGACAUGUCAUCAAGAUAUUGGUAAAUACUGGUGCGAGUGUAAAGAUGGUUCCAGAGGAAGUAAAUGUCACAGAGGACUUCUUGUCAAAAAUAGUGGUGAAUGCUCUUCACAUCCAUGCAAAAACGGAGGGUCGUGUGUUCAAGGUAAAAAUAAGUUCAUGUGUAACUGUGAAGAUGGCUUCACAGGGGAUCUAUGUGAGACAGAUAUUGACGAAUGUGAAUCUAACCCGUGUCCUAAAAGCGCAUGGUGUAAUGAUGGAAGUAAUGAAUAUUCGUGCGUCUGUAAACGAGGAUACUACGGUGACAAUUGCGAGAAUGAAACCAACGAAUGUGUCUCGAACCCUUGUGAGAAUAAGGGAAAAUGCGUAGACGGCAUCAAUACGUAUUGGUGCACAUGCAAAGAAGGUUAUACAGGUCAGAGAUGCGAAGGUUUGUGUAAUGUAUUUGACAUAAAAGGAACAUCUUGCAUCAGGAAUGAAUAAAUGUUUGUAUUUUUUCUUUACAACGGUAAACACGGCUGAUAACGAUGAAUAUUAUGUUAUAUGCUUACAAGCUGAAGGAGGCGGACAUAAAAUGCUUUGACGCAUAUGAAUUUACCACUCAAGUUAAAGUAAAUACUUCACAAAUAUUACAACAAAAAAUGUAAACAUAAUUAUUGUGCAUAAUUGAGACAUUUUACCACAAUAUGU